AUGAACUAUGGUUUGAGACCGGCUGGGGAUCGCCAUGACGGACUUGCGAUUGCAGAGCAAAUGGAAGAGGUGAUCGAGGAGCUGCUUGCGUCGGAUAUGGAAUGUCAAUGUGGCCGGGCUCGUCGCAUUUUGGCUCUUCGCUAUCCGAAGAUUUCUUUCAUUCAUUGCUUUGCUCAUGAUAUUUACAAUCUCGUGGAAGCUGUCCUCAAAACAGUUUUCCAGCAGAUUUCAGCGGACGCUGCAGGUGUGGCUAGUUAUCUCAAUACCUCAACUUCAAAGUGGUUAGUUCGUGCGAUGAAAGCUAUGCAUAAGCGCUAUGGAGCUAGUUUUGCUAUUUUUACGCUUUGUGAGACUCGGUGGAACUCUAUGCAGGCAUGUUUUGCAUCUCUGCUUCGUGCACGAGGAGCUCUGGAAGAUAUUAUCUUCUCGUAUCGAAAUAGCAAUGAAAUGACAGAAAAGCUUCGUGUUCUAGGAAAAAAUGAGUUCUGGACUAAACUGGAGACGGCAGAGAAGAUUGUUCGACCAUUAUGCACCGCUUCAUUUCAUUUACAGAGAGACGAAAACACCGUAGCUGAUGUUGUUCUUUCUUACAUGGAGAUUUAUCGAGGCUUUGCCUCAACCGAGUUCAGCGACUCACUAGUUGAGCUUGUUGAAACCCGCUGGAAUGCUUGCGAACAGCCAUUGUUUAUCUUGGGUUUUUUUCUUCAUCCUGAAUAUGCAGAGCAAGCACGGCAGUUGCCUUCGACUGUCCUCACAACGCUUGAUGAUGUGAGUCAAUUCGCACAGUAUUACUAUCGUCGAUUUGUUGAUAGCGAUGACACCGGGCUGCGUGGUGAAAUGUUCACUUGGUUUAAAGGGAGUUACUCUACAUCUCGCGCUGUCGAUUUCAAAAAGGACUCAGUGGUCACGUUCUGGGAGUAUGAAAGAGACGCAAAUAAAGACAGCAAACUGCCAGUGCUUGCACUUACGAGUUUGUCAGUAGCCGUAAAUACGGCAACGUGUGAACGUCUCUUUAGUGAACUUGCACUCAUACCCACCCCGAAACGUAACCGCAUGAGCAUUCGGAAGACUGCUAAACACCAGAUUAUGCGUCAGUUUGUCCGCGAAAAAAAUCGCCGAGAGAAAGUAAUGCCGACGGCCUCCAAGAAACUAUUACGGACCAUAGACCCACGUGAGCGACCGUGCAUUACCACACCGCAGAAUUCGGCCCGCUCUACACCGGCUCGUACGACUCCAGCUCGUACAACUCCUGCUCAAACGACUGCUGCUCGAACGACUGCAGCUAGUACGACUCCGGCUCGUACAACUUCAUCAAAUCCUACACCUGCAGCAGCGGAAACUCCAAGUCAAGAGCCUGGAGGUAUAUUCACUACUCCUAACCGACAGAUCCAAGCGCAGCUUCAUUCAGCACCACCCGCGAGGGUCCUUUUACCGAGCAGCAAGACGUUGGAGCAGAUGUAG